CCCCUGUCGCAGAACGUCUUCCUGCUCCGGCCUGAAACUGAGCAUGCGCGCCAUCACUGGCGAUAUGUUAUCCCGACGCAGCAAGUCGGAGACUGGCUCUGGGAAGUAGCGAAGCUCUCUAGGAGCAGCCUGGACGAGGCGUGGAGCCGGUCGAUCGGGAUGCCGGAGUGGGGCGCUAUUGGAGGUCUGCUGCUCGAGCGGUAUAUGAGCGAGACGUUCAGUUCUCCCAGCGUUUGGGAACUGGGUCGUUUGUCUCCCGCUCAUGACCUGAACGCCGAACUGGUGUCGUACGUCGUUCGCCCGACACUGGACUCGCUCAUCCGAUGGCUACAUAUUGGCGGACAAGGGCCGUUCGAUAUUCGUACGAGCGCCGAACAGCCCGCCUCGACCAUGUUCAGUACAGAAAGGUACGACACUACCGCUCCUGACUUGCAGCUGCGUUCUGGCGUCCUCUACACUCCGGAUACGAUCAACCAUCCGACGUUUGACUCUUUCCUGCUGAAAGACACCAGUUCGGGCCGGGGGCGGGAAGCGCUCCUCGUCCGUGCAGUGUCGAGGCAGGAACAAGUCGUCAAAGCGGAGGGUAUUGACUGGCUGAGAAAACACGGGGUGACGACGUUCGUCUAUCUUGUGGUUUGUGGGACUUGUAUCGGAGGAAGAAGGCUCUGUUUCCCUCCUGAGGUCGACAGGCUGCUGAGGGGGAAGUACCAUGUGCAUAUCCCGGAGGGGGAUGAUACAGCUGUGCUUGUUUAGGAUCGGAGUGAGCUGGGUUGAGGAGUACAUGUCGACGCGCGAGAUGACUCAUUGUUCCCUUAUGUACUGUAA